GCGGGGCCUGCGGGGGCGGGACGGAGCCAACGCCGAGUAGGAGCGCGGAGUCCUGGCGCCUCCGCGGAGAGGCGGAGAGCUUCGCAGCCCGGCCGCGGAGGCGGCGUGGAAACCGAGGGCAGGAAUAUUCAAGAUAAAGUUGCAGCCAUUUUCCACGAGGAUCAAUGAUCAAAAUUUUUCUUUUUAAAAAGAGAUUUCCAAGUUAAAGAUGAAAGGAAAAUGCUGGAAUUGUUGGGAUUCUAACUGACAGGAUAAAGAAUACAGUAUUUCACAGUUACUUAAAAUGAAGCCUCAGUAACAUUCAGACUUUGACAUGCACCCAACUGGGAACAUGGAUGCCGGUUUUUCUCGUUCUGCUGUUCAGACACUGUCAAGAAGCCACUGCAGAAACAUCAAACAAAAAAUUUCUCAGUGGGAAGGAAGAACUAAUGGUAUACCUAAUCCAGAGAAGUGGCAUCCAAGGGACUUUGGAGUGAGAUAUAAUAACUGUCAUCAAGAGAGUCUUCUUAAGAAAAAUCCCGUCGAUGAGGGAAAGAGCAAAAAGUUGGAUAUAACCAGCUCUCGCAAUGUUGGUCUAAAUAUUAAUGAAGAUGCGAAAAGCCAUGAUCAAACCAAGGAUGAAAGUGGGAAACGUGGAUGUGAUGAUACACACCUCUUUAGAAAUGAAUCAGAAUCCAAUUGGGUAUGUUCUCGGGUCAAACAGAUCGAAAGCUGGAAAGAAGUUGUUUUGGACCCAGAGACUUCCUUACCUCCAGGAAAUUUCUAUACCUCACAGAUCCUGUGGAAGAAAAUAGAAGCACUCCCCCCAGAUAAAGUCUUAAAUUUGGCUUUAGAACAUUGUGACUCUUCAGAAAAAGAACUGAAUUUCAGAGUUCUCGAUAGUUCAUAUGGAAUAACCAAGAGCUUAGAAAAUAUUUACUCUGAACCUGAGGGACAAGAAUGUGGACCUUCUAUAAAUCCUUUGCCCAAACCUCGCAGGACAUUCAGAUAUUUAUCUGAAUCCGGUGUUAUGCCAUGUAAAGAAAGAAACUGUGACAGAAAAUACUGUGAAAAUAAUUCUUGCGCAGAGUCUUGUUUGGCCUCUUCUCAGGAACCUGAACCAAAGAAAUAUGGCAGAAAAAUCAGAGGGAGAUCUAAAAGGAAAUCCUUUGAAUUUGAGGAUAUUCAGCACUUUCGAAAUCAGAGCUCACAGAAGAUUCAUGAAGAACUUGGAAGAAAUUCUGGCUCAGCACUUUAUUACACACAGUCGGAGGACAAUAUCUACGAGGAUAUCAUAUAUCCCGCCAAAGAGAAUCCAUAUGAAGAUAUUCCGGUGCAGCCUUUGCCCAUGUGGAGAUCCCCUUCGGCAUGGAAGCUACCACCCCCGAAAAGUGCUUUCAAAGCACCAAAGCUUCCUCCCAAGCCUCAGUUCCUCCACCGGAAGACUAUGGAACUGAAGAGCUCCCAAGCUUAUUUACGGUCAAAGCUCACAAAGGAUACCACUUUGCCUGUCACUUUAACUGAGUGGAAGCUUUUCCGAGCUGGAGAAGUUGCAAACAGGAAAAGAAAAAAUCUUCCCAGGCUUGUAUUGAAAAUUGCUGACAUAUUUGAAUCUAAGAGAGGGAAAAAGAGGGUAAAGUUACACCCAUACACUGGAAAAGACAUACCUCCCUCAAAAGGUGAAACCAGUGGGAAUGAAAGUGAUGCUGAGUAUCUGCCAAAGAAUCGCCACAAGCGAUUAGCGCAACUGCAACAGUCUUCCAAGAGGAAUCCUCACUACCAGACCUUGGAGAGGGAUCUCAUUGAAUUACAGGAGCAGCAGCUCUUUGAACUUUUUGUGGUGGUGUCUCUACAGAAGAAACCAUCAGAAAUAAGCUACAUUCCCCAAGUCAUACAGCAGUUCCCUAGCAAGGGUGAUCAUGGCUUUAAGCAGUCCAAAGACACCGAAGAGAGGCUCAAAGUUAUCCCCAAAUUUUGUUUUCCCGACUCAAAGGACUGGGUGCCAACCUCAGAACUCAAGAGUGAAACAUUCUCCUUUGUCUUAACUGGUGAAGAUGGGAGCCGGUGGUUUGGUUACUGUAAGAAGCUCUUGCCGGAAGGCAGAGGGAAGCGACUCCCUGAGGUCUACUGCAUGGUCAGUCGCCUCGGCUGCUUCAACCUCUUUUCCAAGAUUCUGGAUGAAGUAGAGAAGAGAAGAGAGAUGUCUCCAGCCCUGGUUUACCCAUUCAUGCGAAGUGUCAUGGAAGCUCCUUUCCCAGCUCCUGGACGCACCAUCACAGUUAAGAGCUACCUCCCUGGGGCUGGCGAUGGGUCCAUUGAACUCUGCCGACCACUGGAUUCCCGAUUGGAACAUGUUGACUUUGAAUGUCUCUUUAAAUGCCUGAGUGUGUGCCAUCUCAUCCGGGUCUGUGCCUCCCUCCUGUUGGAACGGAGGGUAAUCUUUGUUGCCAACAGCCUAAGCACCCUGUCCAAAUGUGGCCAUGCUGUGGUCGCCACACUGUAUCCAUUCACCUGGCAGCACACCUACAUUCCAGUCCUCCCAGCAUCUAUGAUCGACAUCGUGUGCUCACCCACCCCAUUCCUUAUUGGAAUCCUGUCUUGCUCCUUACCACAGCUCCAGGACCUACCCAUUGAAGAGGUGCUGAUAGUUGAUCUCUGUGCAGACAAGUUCUUACAGGAGGUAUCUGAUGAGGACGAAAUUCUACCUCCUAAACUCCAAGCUGCCCUGAUGCAGAUUUUGGAAGAACGAAAUGAAAUCUUGGCUCAGGAGCAGAAUUUUUCACAAGCAGAUGUGACACUCAACUCUCUGGUGUCUGAGGCAUUUGUGAGGUUUUUUGUGGAGGUAGUGGGACAUUAUUCUUUGAGCAUGACUGUCACUGAGCAUGGGGAGCGUGUAUUCCAAAGGGAACCAUUCCGUAAAUCCCACACCUCCCGAAGUGUACGCCACUUCCUGGAUCUCUUCAUGGAAACACAGAUGUUUGCAGGCUUCAUCCAGGACCGAGAGCUUCGGAAAAGUGGGGUGAAAGGUUUGUUUGAGGUCCGGGCCCUCCAGUAUUUGGAAACAAUCCCAGAGUCUGAGCCUAGUGGGAUGAAUAAAAUUUUGCGGAGUCUUGGAAGUAAAAUGAAAUUUCUGCAGAAGAAAUGAAAUCUUUGAUUGACUGUCUCCAUCUUAAAUAGAACAGAAAGUGCCAAAGAAAAUACUUCUCCAAGAGUCAGGAUACCUCCAAAAUCCUGGAAAGUUGAAAAGGUCACAAAGCAGUCCAGGCCCUUGGAGGAGGAUUCUCCUGUUGCUGCUGUAUUAAUCACUGGAGGACUGUUGGGAGUAGUCUGGAACCAAUGUUCUCAUUACUCUGCCUCCAGUUUUUUUUUUUUCAGUGGCCUUUUCUAUUUAAUUCUUGGGCUCUUUCUUUGUGUUAUGUACUUAGUCUGUGAAGGCACUUAUCUUUUAAUAGGGAAAGAUUUGGUGUUGCAUUUUUUUUAAAACAGCUCAAAGAUGAGCACAAUGAGAGAAAUGCUGAGUUGAAGGUACUGAGAAAGCAUGAUAGAAGUGCAGAAUGCACCCUACACACAUCUCAUUCUCAUCACUGAAAUACCAUAGCAGCUUGACACCUAUGGGCUGUUUCAGCAGAGCUAAGGAAUAUACUCCUCAUAUAUCUCCAGUUUCUGUUUUUUAGUCUAAUGUUCUGUCUGGGGGAAUCUCACUGAUGUGGAAGCCCUAUUUAUUUAACACUGUUAUUGAGUAUCUUAUACAAGUAGGCACCUUGCAGCUCCUCCUCCACAUCGUGUGGCACUUGAGUAGCUUGUCAACAUUAAACUUCGUGGGAUUAUAGCUAACAGGAAAAUAUCCUUUCAAGGGCAUGAAAACCCCCUUUUCUUAGUGUCCCCCAUGUGCCAUGUGUGAUGGUACACGUAUGUCAUCUUAUUCAGUCUUUAAGUCAACUUCAUGAGAUACUUGCAUCUCCCUUUUAUUAAUGAAGAAACUGGAAUCCUAAAAGGUUAAGUAACUUGCCCAAAGUUAUACAACAGAGCCAGAACUGAAACCAGGACUAUCCAUUCAUGAGCACAGAAAAAGUUGGUUAGUCCUGCAGAUGGAAAUUUGAGCUCUGUGGGAUUAGAGCUAUUGAAAAGUUUUCUUUUAAGCUGAAGUGUACCAGAGCCAAUUUUCAGCUCUGAGGAUAAGGGACUUCAAACUAUAGGUGCCUAGACGUCUCUUUUUUGGUUCCCCUAGAAUUGUUGGACUUUUUGCCCUAAUUAAAUUGGAUUCAGACUAUGAACAUUCCUGGGCACUCACCACAUAAUCACCCUGACCCUUAAUAUCUAAAAUAGUAGUAUUGAUUAGAAGGAACUUAUCAGUGAUGGUGUAAUUUUCAUUGAUAAAUGUUAUAGCAGAUGUCAGUUUGUUUUCUUCAAUUCCUGCUGAUGGUUUUAACUGGCAUAAAAAUAUUUAUUCGAACUUAACAAAACCUUGUAAGUUGUAUUAUGAUACAGUUUAUUGAGUUGUAUUGUCAUUACAGCCCAUUCAGGUGCGCAUCAAUGAAUCUGAAGCGGACCGCAUUUAAGACCGGUGCUAUAUAGUUCUUACGGGUCUAGAAAAUAGAACUGAGCCUAUGUCUUGUUAAAAAAAAAAAAAUGUGUAUUAAGCAUCUUACCCCAGUGGGGCUCUUACCAGACAUCUCUCCAUUUGCCACUCCAAUCCUGAGGGAAGAAUUAGUAAUUGGGAAUUGUUUAUAAAACGAGGGUAGGAGGUCUUACGGUGGUGAAUCCUGACCGUCCCUCUGUGAGGAGACCUUUGCUUAAGGGAUGGGGGUCUUAUUUUAUCCCCGUGACCUGAAGCUGCUUCCUUUUUCUUAGGUCUGUUUUAUUUUGGUUUUUUGUAAAGUAUUAUGAGUCCUGGAUAUAUUUGUAAAAAAAUAUUGCUCAAGAUUUGUAUAAAGUGUUGUUUACAGAUCUUUUAAUGAAUAAACACAAAAAUUCCAUGGAUCUCUUGGAGAAUGUUAAAUAAAGUUGCUUAAGAUGGAAA